UAUUUUUGGGCCGAAGAACUGCAUUUCCCAUCGACCAUCAGUGUUGGUGACGUAGAUAGCAACGCAAAGAUUCCAAGAUGGGGCUCGAAAGUACUAUGGUCUGUGUGGACAACAGUGAAUACAUGAGGAAUGGAGACUUCCUCCCCACCAGACUGCAGGCCCAGCAAGAUGCUGUCAACAUUGUGUGUCACUCCAAGACGCGCAGCAACCCUGAGAACAAUGUGGGCCUCAUCACCAUGGCCAAUAACUGUGAGGUGUUGACCACGUUGACUGCAGACGCAGGGAGGAUUUUGUCUAAACUGCACGCUGUCCAGCCCCGUGGAAACAUCAGCUUCUGCACAGGCAUCAGAGUGGCACAUUUGGCGCUGAAGCACAGACAGGGGAAGAACCACAAGAUGCGCAUUAUUGCCUUCGUGGGCAGCCCAGUGGAGGACAACGAGAAGGAUCUGGUGAAAAUGGCGAAGCGUCUAAAGAAAGAGAAAGUCAGUGUGGACAUCAUUAACUUUGGAGAGGAGGAGGUGAACACAGAGAAGCUGACAGCCUUCAUCAACACUCUGAAUGGGAAGGAAGGAGCAGGGUCCCACCUUGUGACAGUGCCUCCAGGUCCCAGUCUGGCUGAUGCCCUGCUGUCCUCUCCUAUCCUUGCUGGGGAGGGAGGAGCCAUGCUGGGCCUGGGGUCCAGUGACUUUGAGUUUGGAGUGGAUCCCAGCGCAGACCCAGAGCUGGCACUGGCUCUGAGGGUGUCUAUGGAGGAGCAGAGACAGAGGCAGGAGGAUGAGACUCGCAGGGCAGCAGUGGUGUCUGCUGCUGAGGCCGGGGUUCCCUCGCCUACCGCUGACGAGUCGGACGAUGCUCUGCUGAAGAUGUCAGUCCCCCAGGCUGACACGGCCACGCCCGCUAUGCCCGACAUCAGCCGCAUGACGGAGGACGAGCAGAUCGCCUACGCCCUGCAGAUGUCCAUGCAGGGUGGAGCCGAGUCGAUGGACAUGGACACAGGAGCCCCCGUGGAUUCGGAGGGUGGUAAGGAUGAGGAGGACUAUGAUGUGAUGCAGGACCCAGAGUUCCUCCAGAGCGUCCUGGAGAACCUACCGGGUGUCGACCCCAACAACGAGGCCAUCCGUAACGCCAUGGGCUCCCUGGCCUCACAGACAGGAUCCAAACCUGACAGCAAGAAAGACAAAGAGGAUGAGAAUAAGAAAUGAACAUUUACACACUAAACAUAAUAGAUAAUAAUGACUGAUUGUUUUGUUUUUUCUUUUGUCAAGGUUAAUGAUGCAUGUUGCCUUUAAAAACAACGUUUGUACUAAAUUGGGAUCUUAUAUCAACCCAAGGACAUUCAGUAAGUGUACAUUGUGUACUGAUAAUAAUAAAAACAUUUACAUAAUUCAAGAGAA